AUGCCUUCUCUGUGGAAGCGGAUAACAUUCUCGGUGGCCUCGGCGCUCUGUAUCGGCUCGGUGGUCCUCUUGGUGGUGGCUUUAUCCACGGAGCGGUGGGUUACCGGGCGGAUCCUCUGUAAAACCGGGGUGGAGAUAGUGAAUGCGUCAAAUCCCGAGCUGGACCAGUUCAUCGGGAGCAUUUAUUACGGAUUGUUCCAGGGAGGAAAGACCAAGAGGUGCGGGCUCGGGGACAGGCGGUCCAAAAUAUACAUUUUCCCAAAGCUUGUGCGGACACUGAAUGGGGGCCUCCACAUGAUGGUGAUCCUGUUCCUGCUGGUGGCUGUGGGUUUUGCGCUGGUCAGUCUGUCUUUCUGCAUUUACAACGCACGCAAGGUUCCAUACCAGAGCAUCAAAGGGCACAAGGGACUCUAUCUGUGGAACUUCAUUGCUGCUCUAUUUGGUGCCCUGGGUGUUCUGUGCUUCCUGGCAGCUGUUAGACACCACAGUCUGACUGAGCGAGUGGCAAACUUUCGGGAGAACCUCUUCAUCCUCGUCGUCUUGGAUGACAGUCUGGACUGGUCUUUCUGGCUCGGCGUAGGCAGCAUUGCAACUCACUUUGCUGUCUGUGGAGUGGUCGCGAUGAGUCGGAUCAAGCUGCCCAAACCGGAUAUCAAAAAACCUGAAGAACCGACUGUCUCUGCUGUGGACCUGCUGUACUGAAGAAUAUUGUUUUUUAGCAUUUUCAUCACUAAUGAUGGACAAGCGCCAACCGUGAAAACAAAACAGUGCCAGGGCCCUGUUCCUUUGAAGCUGUAACUGAGUUUUAGGUUAAUCACAGCCAAAAUUACGGAGUCAUAACUACAUAAAUUAACAAGUUGGGACUAAAGUGGCGCCUAACUCACAUACAAAGCCC